UCUGCUCCCCGCCGCCGCCGCUGGGAGCGCGCUCCCUUUAAGAGCCCGGCUUUGCCUCCCGGUAGCUGAAGGUCAUUAAAACACAAAAGCGCUCCGGCGCUGCGGUCCAAUAUAGCGCAUGCGCCCAGCCCGAGGACUGGCAGGGAGACGGCAAUAUGGCGAGAAUGCCUGGCAGCGGCGGCGGCGGCGGCGACUGGAGCGGCGGAGGCGGCGGAGGGGGCGCUGGGGACAAGGCGGGGGAGCGGCCGCCGGGCCGUGUCCGCGGCGCCCCCCGGCCGCCCCGCUACUGCAGCGCCGGCGAGGAGGAGGAGGAGGGCGAGGAGGAGGAUGAGAUCCGGGAGGUGCAGAUAACGGGGGACGAGGAGGAGGAGGAGGAGGAGGAGGAGGAGGAGGACGGAGCCGAUGGGGGGCUGCUGCUGGACGAGGAGGAGGAGGAGGAGGAGGAAGAGGAGAUGGGUCUGGAGUGGGACGGCGAGGAGGAGCCCGAGCCGCUGCCCCCCGCCCCGGGCCGGACCGAGCGCGGCUGCGGCGGCGGCGGCGUCGGGGCGGCCCCGGGGGGAGCCGCGGGCGCUGCCCCGGGGGGCGUCGCGGGCGGCGGCGUCGCGGGCGGCGGCGGCGGCGGCGGCGGCGUCGGGGUCGCGGGGGCGCCGUCGGAGGACGCGGAGCUGGAGGCGGCCCUGCUGCUGCAGCGGCCCGAGCGGGCGCGGCUGAGCGAGAACACGCGGCUGGCCACCCGCUACGCCGUGCGCAUCUUCCGCGAGUACCUGAGCGAGAAGGCGCAGAGCCCCGACUUCGAGACCAUGGACAAAGGGGCGCUGUGCCGGGUGCUGCGCUCCUUCUACGCCGAGGCGCGCUCCAAGAGCGGGCAGCUCUACUCCAAGUCGUCGCUCAUCAGCAUCCGCAGCUCCCUCAACCGCUACCUCAACGAGCCGCCCUACUGCCGCACCCUCGACCUCACCAAGGACCCCGAGCUGCGCGCCGCCAACCUGACGCUGGCGGCCGUCAUCCGCAAGCUGGAGGAGCAGGGCGCCGGGCCGGUGGUGCAGAAGCAGGCCAUCACCCGCGCCGACCUGCGCAAGCUCUACACCUGCAGCGUCUUCAGCACGCAGAGCCCCUUCGGGCUCCUCAACAAGGUCUGGUUCGAGACCUGCAUGUACUUCUGCACGCGGGGCCGGGAGAACCAGCGGGAGCUGGAGGAGGACUCCUUCGGGCUGGCGGUGGACGAGGACGGCCGCAAGUUCGUCUACUUCAAGGCUCUGGGGCCCUACCACAAGUCGCGCUCGUCCUCCUGGAGCAAGAAGCGGGCGGAGAGCAGCGACGAGGAGAACCUGCCCCGCAUGUACGAGACCGGCACCGAGUUCUGCCCCUACGCCAGCUUCGUCAAGUACCUCUCCAAGCGCAACCCCCUCUGCAAGGCCUUCUUCCAGCGCCCGCGGGACCACUGCAGCGAGGGCGACAUCACCUGGUACGAGAACAAGGCCAUCGGCAAGAACCUGCUGGGCACCCGCAUGCAGAUGCUCUCCAAGGCGGCCAAGCUCUCCAAGACCUACACCAACCACUGCAUCGGCGCCGUCUCCAUCGCCACCCUCAACAGCAUCGCCGGCAUCGGCACCAAGCUGGGGGGGCCGCCGCCACCGCCGCACCACCACCACCCCCCUCCCCACCACCACCACCACCACCACCACCACCUCCUCCACCACCCCGCCGGCGGGGGCUGCUACACCCCCGCCGCCCUCAACGGCGGGCCGCGGCCCCGGCCGCCCGCCGCCAACCCCUACGUGCUGCCCAAAGACGGCGACGCCGCGCCGGUGAAGGCGGAAGCGGCCGCGGUGGCCCCGGCCAAGCGUGCCCUCUACGAGGCGGUGUUCCCGGCGGGGGCCGCGGCCGGCGGCGACGCUUGCGGGCCCUCAGCCUCCCCCAAAAGACUCUGCCGCCGCCCCGCCGAGCCCCUGGACGCCGCCGCGCCCGCCGUGGUGGUGGUCUCAGUGAAACACGACCCCCUGCCUCACCUCCUCCCCGAAGCCAAUGGGCACAGAAGCACCACCUCACCCACAGUAGUUUCACCUGCUCUUGUUUCCCCCACACAGGCUGAUAAUUUCAAUGAGAGUUACAAGAGGAGAGAGAGACUUCCAGCCAGCCCUGGAAAUGCACGGGAUCAUUUCAGAGCCGAGCAAACUCUCCUCAUUGCAGUCUGCGUUCACCAAGACUCCCAAAAACCCUGUUGCUUCAGUAAGUUCAGUCUUUACCAUUUCCUUGCACUGUCCUCUCGGUGGUCUCAGUCCAUCUGGCAGGUUUUCAGCAGAUCCUCGUUUUCUGAGCGGUGGCAUCGUUGCGUUGAUAGCUCAGCGUUGGGAGGGGAAGUGGGCGGGAGGGAGGAGGAGAGCCCCAUGACAGCAGAGGGCUCCUGAAAGCCGGUCCUUUCUGCCUAUAGUGUUGCAUUGCAUCAAUUCUGGAGUGAGGGAUGUAUAAUUUAGGAUUGCAAUUUUCCACUGUAUUUCUAAUUCUGCACCAGCUUGAACUGUAACUGUCAAACGCAGUUGUGUUUACAUCUUCGUUGUAAAUUAGAUAAUUAUGAAGGUAUGGUUUUAAAGCCCUUUUGUGCCUCUUUUCUGCAGUGAGGUGAUAGAUGAAGCUAUCUGUCUGUUGUAUUGUCUAGUCUCGUAAUUACUAAGUGGACGCAAUGUCUUCAAAAUUACGAUUCAGGCUGAGAAUAUUUUAUUAUUGGUUGCUGCAAGAAACAUCUGGAGAGUGCUUAGAGCUGGAGUGUGCUACGGCAUUUCAUAGAUACAGUUUUAUUGGAUCCUUAUAAUUUGUCUGUUUCCUUUUCAUAAGGCAGGAAGGGCUAACAGGAGGCUUUUGGGGUCUUUUAAUUUAUUUUUUUUUAAGGUGAUUCUAGAUAUAAACUUCUUUAGCUAGUCUGAAGAUGUUUUUUUUUCUGUUGGCUGCUUGUUCAAUCUGAAGUAGAUAAUGUUCUGUUGAUAUGUCCGAAAAUGCUUGUGCUCCAGAUGGGUCAGUAUUAUCUCUUUCUGCUCCUAGGCAAAUUAAUAAAACAAAUUUAAAAAGUGCAGAGGAAAGCAGGCGGCUGGCUGAUUCAAAGGGAGAGGCUAUGUUUUUCAUCACCACCCUUUCAAAGCCUCUCUGAAUCAAAAGAACCAUUGGAUUGCGAAGGCAAGACCUAUGCCACACCAGAAGCUCCCAGUUCAGCAAUUUUCCCAGGGUAAAAUUAUAACUCAUGUUUCCUCAGCACAGGCUGUAACUGGCAGCGUUCCUUCUACUUCUAAGGGUGAAAUUGCUGGGGGGAGAAUAGACAUCUAAUGUGCCUCUGGAAGUUUUACAAUGGGUGUUAGCCUGGCUUUGUGAAAAGGUAGACGUUCUUCUGGAACAUGCCCAAGGGCAGGUGCUAUUCAAACUGUAGUGUAAAUUAACUUUAAAUAAGGUAGUGUGGGCUUAUUUCUGUUGGGGUUGUGAGUCAAAUUUGCAGAAAAGGCCCAUUUCUCAAAUUCUGACAGUUAAUGACAAUCUUCCAGUUAUCCCACUGAAGUCUGCAUUUUUAUGAGUCUUUAAAAUCUUCAGAUAUGACUGCAAUUCAAGAUGGUAAUCUUUAUUCAUGUACUGCUGAUAGGAUCUUAACUCGCAAACAAAACAGACAGAUUUUAGCAAUGCUUGUUUUUUGGUGUUGCUUCUCACCAGAAGAUUAUGGGACAAAUUACAAACUCAGUACAAGAAGAAUGUAACCAGUUGUUGUUGUUUGGUGUUUUUUUUCCCCCGCUCAAAUUUUGACAGCAUCUUUAAGGAGUUGUUUAACUUUGCAUUCAAAUGUACCAACAUGGUCCUGGCAAACAUAAGUUCUUUUCUUUUAAACCCAGGAGGGAGUGUUGUAUUUUUUUUCUGUUGUUGCUUUUUUUUUUUUCCUUGUGCUUUUAUUAUGUAAAGACUCUUACAAAAUAUGCAUAGAGUGCCUGCUAGAAGUGGAUGAAAGGCAACACUCGAGUGAGAAGUCUGACAAAAAUUAUGCUAUUAAUAUCAACAUCUCAAGCUGCGAGGUGUCCAACUGGGAGGAGUUAGAAGAUGGUUUCCAGUGUCUGGAGCUUCCCUUCCCCUUCCUACCUCCGUUCCUGAUCUGAAUCCCAUGUACACACGUGGGGUUAAGGUGGCUGUUGCAUGGUCGUCAUCAAGAGCAGGAGCUGAUGGCUGGGCUCUUCCCAAGGGCCGGGGAGAGCUGCUCAGGCAGCUGCCACCUCCAGGCAGGAGGUACUGGCCCUGGAUGAGGGCCCAGAGCAGGUAGGUAUCUCAUCUGCAAAGGCACUGCACCUCCUGCGGAAGGGAUGAAGUGGUCCAAGGUGUUUGGAUCAAUGCUGCCGCUGGACAACUGAAGCCUUGUGCGGAGGAGAAUGGGUCUGUCACCUCCAUCCUUCGCCAAAAGGUGAAGCUCCCUUCGUGUGCUUGCUGUGGUACGGAGGGCAAGAGAAUUCAGCUCCUCUCUGCUACCUGAGCUUCGAUAGAGGAAAGAGAAGAAGAAAAGUGACCUAUUUUCCAGGCUUAAAGGGAAGUGAAUGAAACUGUCCUGGGGGCAGCAGAAGCAAAGGCUUUUGUAUCAGCUGUAGUGUUGUGGGCAGGGCUGCCAGGCUGCUAAACGCUCUCAGGCCUGCAAGCUUCUUUCCCAGGGACUGCUCAUCGUCGUGUGUUUCCUCUUAAAAAAUAAAAAUAACUACAUAAAGGUGUC